GGUUCCAGAUGGAGGCGGGGCCCAGUCCUUGCUGCUGCAGCCGCCUUCCUAUUGAGUCAGAGGCGCGUUGCGAGCUGAAAGCGAUUGUAACAAACAGAAGCCCGAAGAGCGAGCUAGGCGGGCGUUCUGAUUAGCGCGCUGGGACAAAGUAAAAGAAUCUCGGGAGGCUGAGCGUUCCAAAGAAAGUUACAUUCCAGGGUCGGAGCAGCAGCAACAAGCGGCUGCCCGGGGGGCGCUUUCUCACGGAGGCGGUGGAUCUUCCCAGCCCUUGUUGAGCGAGGGCGAAGAGGAGGAGGCGAAGGACGAGGGGGGGUUUCAAACUGGGGGCCGAGAAAAUGAAUCGGAGCUUUAACAAAUCUCAGAGUCUGCGGUAUUUUGGCUACAGCGCGGUGGAAGUGAAAAGUAAGUUUGGUGCAGAAUUUCGAAGGUUUUCCCUGGAUCGUUACAAACCAGGGAAAUUUGAAGACUUCUACAAACUGAUUCUUCACAUCCACCACAUAUCCAACAUGGAGGUGAUGAUUGGUUAUGCCGAUAUACACGGAGAUCUUCUUCCUAUUAAUAAUGACGACAACUUCUUCAAGGCUGUUACAAGUGCAAACCCGCUGCUUAGGAUUUUUAUACAAAAGCAAGAUGAAGCAGAUUAUGGUAACUUUGGUUCAAACACCUUAACCAGGAAAAAGAAAGCUCUGGUGACCCUCCGGAAUGACAACCUUCGCAGACGCCCCCACGUUAAUAUCAGCAUGCCUCAGGAUUUUAGACCCGUGUCUUCCAUCAUUGAUGUGGACAUUCUACCUGAAACUCAUAGGAGAGUGAGAUUGUAUCGACAUGGGUGUGAGAAGCCACUAGGGUUCUACAUUCGUGAUGGGACCAGUGUCAGAGUAACUCCUCAUGGGCUGGAAAAGGUACCUGGCAUUUUCAUCUCUCGGAUGGUUCCUGGUGGUUUAGCUGAGAGUACAGGCUUGUUGGCUGUCAACGAUGAAGUCCUGGAAGUGAAUGGCAUAGAAGUGGCCGGGAAAACUCUUGACCAGGUAACGGACAUGAUGGUUGCCAACAGCCAUAAUCUUAUCAUCACAGUCAAGCCAGCAAACCAAAGGAACAAUAUUAUCAGAAGCAGUCGGAUGUCUGGGAGUUCUGGCCAGUCUACAGACAGCACUGCAAGUCAUCACAGUUUGCCUUCUUCUCAUGUCCUGCAGAACUUCCACCCUGAUGAAAUGGAGAGUGAUGAGGAUGCUGACAUUGUAAUUGAGGGCUGUCUGGAGCCACAACCCAUUCCGAAAUCACACAGCCUUCCUUCUGGUAGCCUUUCCCGAAUUAACGGCAGCAGUCUUAGCCAAAGACUGCAGAGGGACCUGGUACUCAACAACAGCUUGGGACGAGAAAGCAAUGGCAAUAUUCACAAAAUUAAGAGUUCCUUAAAAACUGAUCGUCGUCAUAGCUUGGUUAUUACCAAAGGCAUUGAGGAGGACGGAACAGUGGUCACACUUUAGUGGGUGCUUCCAUUUGUGUUUGUGUGUGUGUGUGCGUUUUUCUUGUCUGAAGUGCCAACUGGAACAAAUCUAUACACAUCUCGAAGAGAGGGAAUCUUAAUUCUCUUAGACCUUCUGAGGUGUGACACACGUGUUACUUUCCGGACAUGGUGGUAUUCAGGAUUAUACAUAAAAGUGCUGCCUAUUGCAACCCAUGAAAAAUUGUAAAUAUGGUUCCUGCUCCCAGGGUCAGAAUGAGGGAAAGUAAAGAUUGCUGCA